UGGAUUAUCUGGCGAAGGAGAUUUUAAUCCACAGAAUCAUCUGUGUUUCGACUUUUGGGGCUUCCACUUGUCAAUUGUCAAGGAUGACAAAUUUGUUUCUUAAAUUUUUGUGCCCUGUGCCCUGUCUUUUCAAGUCUUCGUGAUGGCGAAAGAAGUGUGAAAAGAUAAUUAUUUCAAAUUAAAAGCAAUGGUAUCUCCAAAGGCGGUAUUGGGAAUUUGUGCGGGAGUAUCGGCAACCCUAUUCAUAGGUUACUGCAUAUACUUUGACAAACAAAGGCACAAUGAUCCCGACUUCAAGAAGAAACUACGCCAAAGACGCAGGGCAAAUAAGGCAGCUGCAUCAUCUGGUAAACGCACAAACACAGUCUUUCCGGAUAUGAAAGAUCAUGAGGCAGUACAAAGGUUCUUCCUGCAAGAGAUCCAACUUGGAGAGGAGCUACUGGCUGCAGGAGACCUUGAAAACGGCGUGGACCACUUGGGCAACGCUGUUGCAGUUUGUGGCCAGCCCAACGAUCUCCUCCAAGUCCUGCAGCAAACGCUACAACCUAAUGUGUUCCACCUCCUGAUACAGAGACUGCCUGCAGUUGCUCCGCGACUUAUGAAAGCACAAAACAGUACUUCGCUGCAAGAUGAUGAUGUAGAGUGAUGAUCAUAGUUGCCUUUACUAGUCAUGUUUGUUAGAACAUUAUUUCAUGUGCUUUGAUUCUCAAUAAUUUACCAAAUAAUAAAUAUCGAUUGAUUCAAUAAAGUAUGUUUUUUGUAUGUUGUGUAUUAUUGAUUUUUGAAUGGCCACAUUCACUUUUUAGGUGUGUAUAUAUAUUUUGUGAUUGUGCUAUUUGAUCAAUUAAAAGUUCAGGUUGUUGA